UGAUCAUAUCCAGAUGGGCAAUAAAAAUAUAUUUCAUUUCUGGGCACAUACUUCUUCAACUGCGGUUCAUGAAAUCGUAUUUUAUUCAAGCAGUUUAUAAAGUACAGAGGGGGGUCCAUGGGCACGUCUGUCGCAGGGCUAUUGUGUAACUUCAGAACGCCGAUUUUUGGUUUCGUUUAUGGACUAGCUAGCAUGAGCUGCUGGGCUAGCCAGCUGCUUAGCAUAGUGUAGUGUGUCAUUGAUUUAGCUAUAGUCUAUGAAUUAAAAGCUUGCUAGAUCACAAAGUAAAGUGUACUGUAGCUAAAUGACACCACGUAGACAUCGAUAGCAUGCAACAAAAGCCUUAAAACGGUGCCAGAACUCUGAAAUCUGAUGGUCCAAAAUGCCUCAAAAACUCAAGUUACACAAGAGUAGUCACUACAUUGAGCUGGGGAGUUACCAGUACUGGCCAGUUCUGGUGCCUCGGGGAAUACGCCUGUACACAUUUGAACAGAUCCCGUUGUUCUUGAAAGAAAACCCUUACAUUACAGAUGGAUACAGAGCACACUUGACAUCAAAACUAUGUUUAAAAAGCAUCUUUGUGCUGUCCAAUGAAACAGUCAACAUAUGGACUCAUCUGUUGGGCUUCCUCCUGUUCUUCCUACUGGGGGUGAAUGACAUGUCUACAGUCCUGCCGGCUUCAGGUGCCAACAGAGAAGACUAUGUCAUCUACUUCAUAGGACUUUUCUGCUUUCAGGUGUGUAUGCUGUGUUCAGUGGGGUAUCACCUCUUUUCCUGCCACCGCUCAGAGAAGACGUGUCACCGCUGGUUGGCGCUGGACUAUGCUGGAAUCUCUGUGGGAAUCCUGGGCUGUUACAUUCCAGGGGUCUUCUAUGCCUUCUACUGCAACAUUUUCUGGAGACAGGUGUACUUGGUGAUUGUUCUAGCGUUGAUAUUGGCCAUAUUCUCGGCUCAGAUCCACCCUCACUACCUCUCUACGGAGUGGCAACACCUGCGGACCGCCAUCUUCUGCUCUGUGGCUGGCUACGGGGUCAUCCCCGCUGUCCACUGGGUCUGGCUCAAUGGAGGCUUUAGCUCCGCUGUCGUCCAGUUGUUCCUCCCUCGUGUGAUUGUGAUGUAUUUGAUAGCUGGAGCUGCGUUCCUCUUCUACAUCUCUAAAAUCCCAGAACGCUGCUUCCCAGGUCAGCUGAACUAUCUGGGAGCCAGCCACCAGGUGUGGCAUGUCCUGGUAGUGUUUAUGUUCUACUGGUGGCACCAGACUGCUGUGUAUAUAAUGAACUUCAGACACAACCAGCCAUGCCCUCCUCUCUACACCAAUAGUGGCUAGCUGGAGCCACACAGACUAGCAUCCAGCCACCAAGCAACCACAGCCUGUACUGUAGCCACUCAAUGCAAUCAAACCAGACUACAGACCGCCAUAUAAGCUUAUUCUACAGAUGCCCAGUCAAGACCCAUAUCCAAGAACACCCAUGAUAGUACUGUUAAACCUUACAGGUGUCUGUAGAAAGCUUGAAACCAUCUCUGGUUUUAAGGUUUGCUAUUGGUGUUAUGCAAUCAUGUCUGCUUUCUGCUGAGACUUCUGUAAUGCCAGGUUAUAAGAGAUGGAAAGACAUGUCAGUCAUAGCCUGGUCGCAGGUCUGGGAAGCAAGAUGGCACAAACAGAUCUGGGACCAGACAGGGUAAGUCACUAGACACACUGUACACAAUACAUAUACCGCUACAGCUGAACAUUUUCUGUGAUUCUCCAAUUAUCUUUUCAUAUUCAAGAUUUUUUUUACCUGAUUUGUAUCUAUUAAUUUGCAUGUAAGCUACUGUUUGAAUGUUACAUGCUGUGAAAUACUUCUCUGCUGUCUUGAGCACAUGGGACCUUACAAAGGGUUAUGUGCAAUCUACCUGCCUGCUAUACUAUGGAAAUGGAACAAAAACAAAAAAGUUAUUUUUGUUUGAGUAGUUUUAUCUGUAUUAAUCAAUACUUGAAUUGUUUGUGUGUUGUAUUAUUGCCUCUGGCACAAACUUCAUUGGGUUCUAUGGUGGGGUUGAGUAGUUAUCUUACUGUAUUUCAUUAAUGGUGGGAUUGAGUAGUUAUCUUACUGUAUUUCAUUAAUGGUGGGGUUGAGUAGUUAUCUUACUGUAUUUCAUUAAUGGUGGGAUUGAGUAGUUAUCUUACUGUAUUUCAUUAAUGGUGGGAUUGAGUAGUUAUCUUACUUUAUUUCAUUAAUGGUGGGAUUGAGUAGUUAUCUUACUGUAUUUCAUUAAUGGUGGGGUUGAGUAGUUAUCUUACUGUAUUUCAUUAAUGGUGGGGCUGAGUAGUUAUCUUACUGUAUUUCAUUAAUGGUGGGGUUACUUUUAGUAUUUGUGGUCAACUGACCGCCUUCCUCUCACAAUCCACUUAAAUCUAAGGGCUGAUUCAAGAACUGUUUAGAGAAAUGUAACCAACUAAACAUAAACCCAAUGAAAUAGAUUGGGAGUAAAUUCCCCUCGCCUUCAUUUGUUAGUGUCCCUUUUGUCACUCACUGGUGUGUGAACAACUGCAUAAGAACAAAAGUCCUAAUGGCCAGUAUUAUCGAUUGUAUGUUAUACACCACAAUAGUGUAGUACACUUGAAUUCAGGUUACGUCAAAUUACUACCCGGUCUCUCUCCAUGCAUAUACUGUACAUCUCCUGCCAUUUUUAUCCAGUUCCCGGUCAUUUAAUUAAAGGAAAUGUAUCCAGCACUGCAAUGACAUUUUGGUCACAGGUUUUUAGAUUGUCUCCAGCUGACAUACUUAGCCUCUAGUCAGAUAAGGAUGCUCAGAACAUAUCACAGCCUGUAAUGACUGGAAACGCAGCAGACUGUUUGUUUGCCUUGUAAAUUCACUUUUGUUUUUAAGUAUGACUUUCAUUAUUUUACUGUGUAAUUACUGUAUUAUUUUACCUGUCUGUCUUGUUUGUUACGUUGUUCAACAUUUGUUUUUAAUUUAUUUUGGCAUGGUUGAUGGACCUUUACUUUUGAAUGCACUGACUAAAGGGGCACAUUAUUUGAAUCUAUCUGUAAUAUGACAUGUUUCUCUUUGCUUACAUCAAUAAAUAAAGAAUGCCUCAAGCAA